GAUGAUAUCUCUUCGCUUAUUGAGUCUCCAUACACUUACGUGCUUUCUUCUUUUUGUUCAAACACAUUCAGAAGAUGAAAGAAAGACUUACAUUGUGUACAUGGGUGAUCUUCCCAAAGGCGUGGAAUCCACGGAAUCACUUCACAUCACUAUGCUUCAAAAUAUCCUCGCCAGCAAAUUUACAGCAGAUGUUUUGGUACAUAGCUACAAGAAGAGUUUAAAUGGUUUUGUGGCAAAGCUAACAGAAGAAGAAGCAGUGAGAAUGGAAGGAUUGGAUGAUGUUGUUUCUGUUUUCCCAAACAAAAGGAAUGAAGUGCAAACAACAAGGUCUUGGGAUUUCGUAGGUUUAUCUCAGUCUGUGAAGAGAACAACCACAGAGAGUGACAUAAUUGUGGGAGUAAUAGAUACUGGAAUUUGGCCAGAAUCUCAUAGUUUUGAUGAUCAAGGAUUUGGUCCACCUCCAUCAAAAUGGAAGGGCACUUGCCAUAACUUCAUCUGCAACAAGUACAAUACAUUUUCUUUUGAUAAAUAAUUAAUAUUUUCUCUUUUA